AUGGCGAGAAAGAAAUCAUUAAUGUCCGCAGAGGAAAUUCAAGAGAUGGCAAAUGUCAUUAUUGAGAAAGAAAUCCAGCCUCUCUUUGACACUAAAGAACCGUUUCAAAUCAUUUCUGCAGUGCGGUAUGAUCCAAUAGUAAACGAGGAAGGGAUCACAAUUGAACCUACGGAAGAAUGUUUCUUUCUGAUUGACCGCCAUUGCUCCAGACUGAAUUUGAGCACUAGCUAUUUUGGAUGGAAAGUCCAAGUCUCCAAGGAAUUGCUAAUGGAAAAAUUGAUUGAAUCUGUAAAAGCUGCUGGAGAGAGCCAAAGCUUGAAAUGUCGAGUCUACCUGGACGAACAGGGAAACCUCAAUGUCGCCACUGAUGUUAUUCCUGCUAAGCCAUUCGGGUUGUUUGAGGGAUUAAAGCCUCUUGAUCAGUACUCUUCGCUUUUGUGGGACGUAGUCGUUUCACCAGAACCAAUAGGGAUAUCGCCCUUCACUUCGUUUAAGACGACCAAUAGAGGACACUAUAACAAGAUCAGAGAGGCUACUCUAAAAGGUGGGCCAGAAGGAAGGCCGCAGGAGGUGCUACUUUACAACACUGCUGGACAAGUGACAGAGGGAAGCGUCACCAAUGUUGCUUUUUACAGAAAGUUUCCUUCCUAUGUCGGUCCUGAAAAGGGCACGCUGAAAUGGAUAACUCCUCCCCUAAGUACUGGCCCCCUAUGCGGGGUUACAAGGGCAGAGCUAUUAGCCCGUGAGGACAUAGUCGAGGAUAGGCUGUUUCUCAAGGACAUUAAGGAUGGGGAAGAUGUUCUUCUAAUGAACGGAAUUCAAGGCGUCGUUCGUGGGAAAAUCCGAAUGGUCUCUAAGAGCGCUUGA